AUGGUGCGGAAUUCAAGCGCUGCGGAUGCGGCUGCACAGAAGCGGAAUUCAAGCGCUCCGGAUGUGAUCGUCAACUUGCAGCCCAUCAAGCUGGAGUGGACCCCCAUCCCACAAGGGGGGCAUGAACCAGAAUCGGUUUCCCAGCGGCCACGGCCGAGCACACCACCUCGUUUGCGUUUCGCCCGCGUUGUGCGUGAAGAGGCCCAAACGCCACCACGGACACCGCAGGCUGCAGCAACACAGGAAGUACCACCUCGGGUAGUACUUCAAGCAGAAGUGGACGACAAGCGCACUGGUCUCGAGCUGCAGGAGCUGGUGGCGAAAAUACUGCAGGCAGCAAAGCAUGAUGUGAAUGCAGCAAACCCGUGGUGGUGCCGAGUUUUGGAUGUGAGCCGUAGCACUGUCUCUAUGCAGGUUCUGGAAAAGAAGAGGCGAACCUUGGCGCUGAAGCUUCAUCCCGACAAGGUCCCAACAAACACCGCUGACCAGGAUCUUAUCCGAAAAGCUUACCAUGCCGUGGACGAGGCCUACCAGAAAGGCAAGCUUUACGUGCAGACGAGGCCGACAGAGGAUGGCCCGAGGCGGCAGCGAUGGUGGAGUGAAGCGCAUGAGGCGAUCGUUAUCACCGCUGUCAUCCGCAUUGUCACCAUCAACAAGUUUGCAAUGCCUUCCUUCCCGAAACAGCCACAUGCUUUGAAGGAGAUGCUUGCAGCGAACCACCCGCCAGAUCUGGUCUGCUUCAACGCGGUGUUGGGCGGAUUUGCCAGGACCGGAGACGUUGACGAAACCCAGAAGUGGCUGCAAAGGCUGCGGGAACACAUGUUGCAGCCGAACGAGGUCACGUUCACAUCGCUGAUUUCCGCCUAUGCAAAGCGCGGCUCGGCUGCCAAGGCCGGUCAGCUGCUUGAGUCCAUGCUCGCAGAACAGCUUUGUCCAACUGUGGAAAGUUACACGGCCAUCAUUGACUGUGGGGCCCCCGGCGAUCGGGAGCUGUUUGCGUCGGACGUUUUCAGGAGCUGCGCGAGCUCCGGGGAUGUUGACCAGUCAGCUCUGGCCCCAUUCUUCGACAGAGCUUUCUUACAAGGGAGAUCAGCGUAG